UUUCUUUUCUCACCUUAAUUGUGCAUACACUCAUCCUGAAAGCUUUCUCCUUUCAUACAUUGACAAAUUUAAUUGUUUAGUCGUGACUGUUAGAAGAGCUGAUUCCUCUUGCUGUAUAUUAUGGCCUCUCCUCUCCAUCAGUAGCCAGUAAACUUGGUCAUGGCUCCACCCAAAGUUCAUGAUGUUUCUAAUGAUGAGUCUGGCAAAAGAUGGAGUCUCUGGAGUGGGAGACCAUUUGGCCCUAACAAACUCUUCAAGAAAGAACAAGAAUCUCUCGCUGCUCUCUGUGAUGCUCUCCUUCCAUCCAUGGAUCUUUCAAACAGUAAUACUAAAGAAGAAGCUGUGUCUGAGUUCUACACCACUUCUGCCUCCAUGACUGGCACACCAGAUAUGAUUGGAAGUAUGUUAGCCGGGGAAUUCCAACACCCGGCGGUGCCGUUGCUGCGGUUGGCGUUAUUGUUAUUGUCGACGUGGUAUGGGACUUUCAUUUUGUGUGGACGAGAUAGCUUGUCUGAUAAAUUCCCUUACUUUCAGAAGUUCUCCAAAGUGGAUGUUAGUAAACGGGAGCAAAUCCUUUUAUCUUGGUCUCUAAGCCCUUUUGCUCUCAUCAGAAUGCUUUUCAAGGCCAUCAAGUUCAUCACCAUGCGUCUAUUUUUCUCACAGGUGGACGAGAAGGGUAAGAACGUAACAUGGCAAGCAAUGGAUUAUAUUGGACCAGACCCAGAUUUGCAAGGAAAGAAAAACCAAGAAGAAGAGAAAUGCAAGGGUCCCCUGCACUCAAUCCUUGUACAUAUCAACACAAAACCUCAUCAAGCCAUAUUAGAUCAACUGCAACAAACCGGAUUCCCAGCGCCCACCUUAUCAUCUUCAAACCUCCUCACCAUCCACUGCGACGCAGUCAUCAUCGGCUCUGGCUCCGGUGGCAGCGUUGCCGCCUCCGUCCUCGCCAAAUCCGGCCACAAAGUCAUAGUGGUUGAGAAAGGCCAUUACUACCAAACAACUGACCUUUCCCUUCUUGAAGGUCCAACUGCGUCAGUGAUGUACGAGGGUGGUGGCGUUAUAGCCACCGACAACAUCGGAGUCGUGAUGCUCGCCGGCUCCACUAUCGGCGGUGGCUCCACCAUCAACUGGUCGGCUUCAAUCCGAACUCCGGAUUAUGUAAUCAAGAACUGGUGCCAUGACCACGGACUUGAACUUUUCAGCUCUAGUGCUUACCAACGAGCACUUGACUCAGUCUGUGAAAGGAUGAGCGUGCAGCCACACGUUCUAAAAGAAGGGUUCAAUAACGCUGUUCUUAGAAAAGGGUGCGCCCAGUUGGGCAUUCCCGUGACUAACGUGCCGUGUAAUGCGCCUUCGGAUCACUACUGUGGUUGGUGUCAUCUUGGAUGUAAAGACGCAAAGAAGAAGAGUGCUCAAGAGACGUGGCUUGUUGAUCUGGUUGAGUCCGGCAAUGGGUUGAUCAUACCUGGCUGCAGUGUUUUGAAAGUCUUGCAUAAGAUAAAGAAUGGCUGCAAUCGAAGUGAAGCCACCGGUGUGGUUGUACAACUUGAGCAAUACGACCAGCAGCAAGCGUUUGUAAUUGAGUCGAAGAUAACUAUAGUGGCAUGCGGCGCACUAAAUACGCCACCAUUGCUCAAGAGAAGUGGACUCAAGAACAAGCACAUCGGCAAGAAUCUCCAUGUCCAUCCUUGUGCCAUGGCAUGGGGUUACUUCCCGGAGGAACAACAAGGUUGGCCGGAGAAAACCAUGCGAAGUUAUGAAGGUGCUAUAAUCACUGCCAUGGCUAGCGUUGUCUCCAAACAGGAUGGCUACGGAGUGAUCCUUCAAACACCGGCGCUGCACCCCGGGAUGUUCUCUGUGCUGAUGCCGUGGAUCUCGGCCCAAGACUUUAGGGAGAGGAUGAGAAGGUUUUCAAGAACUGCUCAUGUAUUUGCUCUAGCUCGAGAUAAAGGGGCCGGAAUGACUGAUUACCCAAAGUCAUUAACUUAUAAGUUGGCUGACUCUGACGAAGAGAAUCUCAGAGAAGGGUUGGUGAUGGCCUUAAAGAUACUUGCGGCGGCAGGAGCGGAGGAGAUUGGCACACAUCACUGUGACGGAGAAAGGUUCAGAGUGAAAGGAAGUGAAAAGAAUAAGUUUGAUGAGUACUUGGUAAGAGUGAGGAAGAUGAAGAGGAGGAAUGUUUGGACGCCUAUAAGUACUGCACAUCAGAUGGGGAGUUGUAGGAUGGGAGUGGACCAGAAAACAUCAGCAGUGAGUCCAGAUGGGGAGACGUGGGAGGUCGAAGGCCUCUUUGUGGCAGAUACCAGUGUGUUUCCCACCGCGCUUGGAGUGAACCCCAUGGUCACCGUCAUGGCCAUAGCUCAUUGCAUUGCUAAUUCUGCGUUGAGGUUUCUUGAGAGGAAGAUUUAACUAAUUGAGUUAAUAAAUAAAUUAAUUAAUUACUGGCUUGCUUACUUACAAAAUGUUCUGAGUUUGCAUGAUUUUCUCUAGUAAUUGUAUGUGAGCCCCACCCAUUAAUCAAAUCCUAGCCAUUGCUUUAUCUUUUAAUC